CUCCGCGGUCCGCAGGCACCAGGAACCGCUGGAGGACUCCGCGUGGGUGCGCAAGCCGCGAGGCGGAGACUGCGCGGAGGACUACAAGUCCCACAAUGCCUAGGGCCGCGGCGGCGGGGAAGGAGCGGAGCCUCAGGUGUCUGCGACCUCGGCGCCUCCCGCCCGGAAGUGCCCGAGGGACCGCGAUGGAGCUGGCGGGGCCGGGAGCUCGGUAGCACAGCAGGCAAGGCAGGUGCCAUGGCCUUGAUUGAAGGGGUAGGUGAUGAGGUGACUGUGCUGUUUUCGGUGCUUGCCUGCCUUCUGGUGCUGGCCCUCGCCUGGGUCUCAACACACACUUCCGAGAGCACCGACACCUUGCCCCAGCCGGCAGGGACCCCAACGCCAGCCCAGCAAAGCGAAGCUAUGGCAGCCAUUGACAGUGUCAGAGGGGAGACACCAGGGGUGGAGACCUCCAGCCUGAGACACAGAAGUCAAGCUGCACAACCAGAAGCCAGCACAGGAGUCACACCACCACCACCACCACCACCACCACCACCACCAGCCCCAGAUUCCCCACAGGAGCCCCUAGUGCUCCGGCUGAAGUUCCUCAAUGACUCAGAGCAGGUGGCCAGGGCCUGGCCCCACGAUACCAUCGGCUCCUUGAAAAGGACCCAGUUCCCCGGCCGGGAGCAGCAGGUGCGACUCAUCUACCAAGGACAACUGCUAGGAGACGACACCCAGACACUGGGCAGCCUUCACCUUCCUCCCAACUGUGUUCUCCAUUGCCACGUGUCUACGAGGGUCGGUCCCCAACAUCCCCCUUGCCCACCAGGGUCAGAGCCAGGCCCCUCCGGGCUGGAAAUCGGCAGCCUGAUGCUGCCCCUGCUGCUGCUCCUGCUGCUUCUGCUCUGGUACUGCCAGAUCCAGUACCGGCCUUUCUUUCCCCUGACCGCCACUCUGGGCCUGGCCGGCUUCACCCUGCUCCUCAGCCUGCUGGCCUUUGCCAUGUACCGGCCGUAGUGCCUCCAAGGGCCCUUGGCAGCGUGACCUGCCCCUCUGGACCUCGCUCCCCACAGCAUGGUGGGCACUGCUGUCUGCCCAGGCCAGCCUCAUCUGCCUGCCUCUUCCCACUGCCCUGGAGCCCAGCCUUGUGCCACAGGGGACUCCAGCAGCUGGCGGAGGCCCCGCACUGUGACCUUCAAGGCCAUAGCUCUGGUCCGCCUUCCGGGUCUGCUGCCCCCCAGCUCACGCUGACAGUCAGCUCUUCGGGAUCAGGCACCUGCUGUCGCUGCCUUGGUCCCAGACAGAGCGGGGCCACCACCUUGGGCCCUUAGUGUUCUUCCUGAGCAUCCAGCCACCCCUAGUCCCUAAGAGGCUGAUUUGGGGGCCCACAGAUGGAGGCUGAAGAAAGAACCUGGGAUCUGGAACACGUGCAGAUUAAAAUAACUGUGAAGUUUUCA